AUGCGUUACAGCACCGCGUAGGUACCCGAGACGACAGCUUCGCCAGUCCAUUAGGUGCUUCCCAACGCCAUCCUCGCCGAUUCGCACCUCUCGUUCACGCCGUCCCAGAUUUCUCUCACCGCGCCCUAGAUCUCGUUUUAGCGAGCGUUCGACAAGCCUUCCUCUUGAAUUUUUUGGCAUCUCACACAGUAUUGCACAGAAUUGCUGCCGACCUUUGCAGUGACCCAUCACCACCAGCGGUAGGACCGACGUCAACGGCUGGGCGAGCUCAGCUGAUUAGACCCACCAGCUUGACUUGCGCCCACGGCAAGGCGUCGAGCGCUCAUUUCGUCCUCUUUGGACCAGUGCGUGAUCAUCUUGGUCAGUCAAGUCCACCGUCGUCCUCUCCUCACUCAAUUGAAGACACAACACCGCAAUCCCCUCAGCCUGACCGACCCGACUUCCUUUUCUGCAGACCUCACAUCCGAGCAGCCAAGCUGGGCCGCGAACGUCUCCAUUUGCGCAGUCAGAUUGAGCGUGAUCGAUUUGUCCAUCCUGCUCCUCUCUCUCUCCGACGGACGCGACGAACGCUCUGCAGUCGCCCCCUGCCUAGCCAGUCUCUGAGGUCGUCGCGCGCUUGCCAGCACGAAUAGCCCCUUACGUACGAGACGGCGUGACACCGCGCAAGCCGACCUCAGACCCGCUUUAGGCCAUCACAUCCUGUUGGAGCUUGACUCGACUCCUUUGGUCUCCACGACAUCUCGAAGCGUCAGUCACUUCGUACUCUCCUCAAGCCAAAUAAACUUGGCGCUCUGGCAGAACUGCACUCGAGAAGAGAAAGGACGACUUGCGCUGCAUAGCGUCUCCCGUGCUCGUAUCUUCAGUAGACGAAGAUAUCAUCAAGGUUACUUGGGUGAGUGAAAUUGUUCGAUUGCUACAUCCGCGUGCGCGUGUGGAUCUUUCUGUCGCAGGGCAAAGCGCGCAAAGGGGAGGUGAGAGGUGUCUGCGUCACGAGCGAGUCGAAGCCAGAGAUAGCACUAUAACGGGCAGCGCGACCAAUGACCUUAUUCAGAAGGCUCUUUGCGCAUGCAAUCAGCCCAGCAGGCUCGUUCCGUGCUUCUUUAUUCGGGUUGCGUGGGACCCUUCCUCGCUUACAACGCACGUGCGUUGGUGGCCGCUGGCCGAUUGUUCUCAACGACGCUAUCCGCAACACCACAAACACCUCGCGCCCCUCCUCCCUCAUUUCUCGUGCUCCUUCGCGCCACUUGCGUUGCUUGUCCCCUUUGAUGAUCAUCCCUACAGCGUCAUACUUCUCCUACCUGCUGACUCGGUUGCAAUGUCCCUCUACCCACCCGUGCCAGGUUCCCCGUCUCACGGCAGUCCGCGUUCCAACACCAGCCCACGUAGAAGUCGAUCAAACAUGGCUACACCGGGCGGGGAUCUUCAAGAGAAGAUUGCGGCGGCCAGGAGGGAAGCGGACAGCCUGAAGGAGCAGGUGCGAGCUAGACGUGAUAAAAUGGCCGACACUUCAUGUGAGUACAGUAGCACGCGAGCAAACUUUGUGCUCUAGCCUCGAGUGAAGACACCUCGAAUGGCAUGCGCCGAUGGACGGAUUCAAAUUUGUCUUCGCAAUGGCUCGCAGGAAGAAUCUGUUGCUAAUGUUGAAGGCGUCACCUCGUUCACAGUGCGAGCCAUGGCUGCCGAAGUAGACCCGCUGCCGCGCAUCGUCAUGAAGCCACGAAGAACGUGCAAAGGUCACUUGGCGAAGAUCUACGCAAUGCACUGGGCGGAGGACAAGCGUCAUCUGGUAUCGGGAUCGCAAGAUGGAAAGCUUAUUGUGUGGGAUGCGUACACGACGAACAAGGUCCACGCCAUCCCAUUGAGAUCGUCUUGGGUCAUGACGUGCGCGUACGCCCCAUCUGGCAACCUGGUCGCGUGCGGUGGUCUAGACAACAUUUGCAGCAUAUACAACCUGCGCUCCAGAGAGGGUACGGUCAAAGUUGCCAGGCAACUUUCUGCUCACACCGGCUACUUGUCCUGCUGUCGGUUCUUGAACGACCGACAGAUCCUCACAUCGUCUGGGGACAUGACCUGCAUGCUUUGGGACAUUGAUGCAGGAGUACGAGUCAUGGAGUUCAACGACCACACCGGCGACGUUAUGAGGUGAGUGCGGCGCGCCGAGUCAGCAUGGGUCAUUACGCAUUGUGUGCAGAUGCAGCCUAAGAGGACAGGAAAGACCCUGCUGCAACGGAUUUCAUCACAAAACGGAUUAUGCAAGCGGGUGAAAGCGCAUGCUGACCUCCUAUUUGACGUCACAGCUUGUCUCUUGGCCCCAAACCAAACACUUUUGUUUCGGGCGCGUGCGACGCACUCGCCAAGGUCUGGGACAUCCGCACCGGCAAGGCGGUUCAGACUUUUUCCGGCCACGAGAGCGAUAUCAACGCUGUCCAGUGAGUCCCUUGAGGAAUUUCGUGCGCUUAUGAUGCCCGGGUUCUCACGGAUUUAUACUUGUCAUCUCUACCCAGGUACUUCCCAAAUGGAGACGCUUUCGCAACCGGUUCAGACGACGCCUCAUGUCGUUUGUUCGAUCUUCGCGCUGAUAGGGAGCUCAAUCAGUACACCCACGACAACAUUCUCUGCGGCAUUACGAGCGUUGCAUUCUCAGUCUCUGGUAGACUGCUUUUUGCUGGCUACGACGAUUACAACACCAACGUGUGGGACACUUUGAAGGGAGAGCGUGUUGGAGUGCUCACGGCGCACGAGAACAGGGUCAGCUGUCUUGGAGUCAGUGCGGACGGCAUGGCACUUUGCACGGGAAGUUGGGACGCAAGGCUUCUUGUGUGGGCGUGAGAAAGUGGGUUUCAAGGGACUGCGAUCGCAGCGUCCAGCCUGUCCAUCAUGUGUGAAGGCUGCACAAAUUUCAGCACAUCCGCGGACGGACAGUGCCGGCGCACUCAAUUCUAGGCACUCUACGUAUCACCCAGCACUUUUUCCCCGCCGGCGCGCUAGUCAUCACAAACCUGCGAACCAUCAAUACCCAACUUCGCAACUGCUCUCUCCGUUUUUUCUUUCUGAACUUCGACAUUUUGGUCAUGCAACUGGCGUUUAGGGUAGGAGGGGGCGAGAGCAGAUAG